AUGACCGACCAAGAUAUGAACUCAGCUGUCAAGAACUUCCUCGCUAGUCCUCGCUUUGCCGUGGCAGGCGCCAGCAGCGACCCUUCCAAGUUCGGCCACAGAGGUAGGCUUCCGUACAAGCCCAUCCCGCACAACUCUCACUUACAUUGUAUAGUCUUUGCAUGGUACCUCCAGCGCUCUCUUCCCGUCACACCUCUCAACCCAUCUCGACCAAGCGUCUCUGUCUCGUCCAAGGACUACGAUACCGUGCCUUCACCCUCAGCUCUACAACAGCCAAAGGAGACAGGAUUGAGUGUCAUCACACCUCCCGCAGUAACCAAGAAGCUAUUGCAAGAGGCCAAGGAAGCAGGUGUGAGAGCUGUGUGGCUCCAGCCAGGCAGCUUCAACGAUGACAUCCUCGAGUAUGCAAUGAAAGAAUUUCCAGGAGCGGCAGUGGGUGGAGAUGGAGGUAGAGGAGGAGAAGGCUGGUGUGUACUCGUGGAUGGAGAUGGUGGCCUGAGAGCCGCUGGAAGAGAACAAGGUCGCUUGUAG